AUGAAGCCGAGCGUAAAUAAUUCGCUUCCAGGCCAUGAAGUUUCUUCAAGCGAGAAGGCCGAGGAUGACUUUUCCCAGAUUGACAGAGACUCGAGAGACUUGGAGGACUUUAAAUGCAAACAAGAGAAAUUGGACGUGGAUGGAAACCUUGGCGCGUCGGAGCAUCCUCAGUUUUCGGCACACGGAAAGGAUGACAAUGGUUCGCAAGAUGAGUUGGAAGUAGCAAAAGAUACAGAUGAGGUGAAUUUGAUAAAGGCAAAUGAGCAGACGUUGGGAACACUGUCUGAUGUUUUCGAAACUGCUCUCAAAACCUCAGAAAAUAAAUCGUCAUCGAGUGAAUCCAGGACGUCGACCCGCGCAGGUGAAACUGGCCAUUCUACACGUGACCAAGAAUUGCUGGAGGCGACGGGAAACACAAAAUGUGGGCAAGCUAUCCAGAAGAAGGUUUCUUCAGGCCAUGAAGAUGCCACAGAAGCCAAGAAGUCAGAGCUUGGAGGCACUGCGAGUGAAGACGUCUCUUUGAAUGCCGCAGAAAGCGAGGAUCAGAUAACUUCAAAUGCGUUUUCUCAGUCAGAGGACACCGCAGAAGGUAUCAAUUCUGCAAAGUCCGAGGAAACGAGAGAUGAAGUGGUUACUGCCAAACCUGAGGUGGCCAGAGACGAAAAAAUCUCCUCUAAAGCUGGGGAAUCAACGGAUGGCACGGCCGAAGGAAGGAAUUCUCCAAAACACAAGGAAACCCCAAGUGAAAAGAUCACUUCGGCACCCGUAGAAACCACGCACCAAAAGAUUACCUCCGAAGCAGGAGAAACCACUUUAACAGCUGCGGCAACGACCGUUUCCCCAAAGUCCGGUUUAGGCAAUAAUCCAAAACCAGAUCCUGCGACAAACGAACAUUCCGCGACAAACGAACAUUCCGCGACAAAUCAACAUUCCGCGACAGACCACGAAUCUGCGACAGAAAAAGAUUGUGAUGGCGCGAUUUCCGCACUUGAAGCUACAGAGCACCUUUCUACGAUCACAUCCAAGGAUGCCAAGAAAGGGAGUCCUUCAACCGUUGAGCCAAAAUCGCCAAAACUUUCUGAAGACGCCUCUUUGCCCGCUUCCAUUCUUUUCGUGCCAGAGGAAAACGAAUCGGGAGUUGUGGACACAAAGAGUGUCGGGAACUCAACUCCGACCGCAUCCCCUGUGAGAUCCGACGUUACGUCUAGCAGCGAACCCGGGGACAAAAGUCCAGUCUCAAACGUCGCACCUGACGUCGAAGGCGAGAUUGAAACGGACACUGAAAAUUCGCCCGUGGGCGGCUCCGACUCACCAAAGGAGAAACAAAAUUCGCCAGGCGCAUCUCCGGGAUCCACAGAGACUCCUGUUGCCGCGACGCAUUCCGACGCAUCCACCACGUCAGCAAGGGAAAAAACGGACUCGCAAAAGCCAAAACCUACAGAGGCGCCCAGUGCAUCGUGCAGGAUCGAAACUGAGGAGGAAGAUUGCUUGUCGGAGCAUUCCACCGGUGAAGCUACUGCUAUAUCUCAAGAGAACGCGUCAGAGGAUCCAGAAGCGUCUGAAGCGGCAGUGCAAGAUGCACAUUCUAGCGCUGACCGCGGACCUCCAACACACAACAACAGCGGCGAAAACGUCGAGCGCGAGACUACCCUCUCACUAGAGGAACUUCAAGACAACCUGCCCGUUGGCGCCAAGGAACCCAGCGUCUCAAAUUCCCCCGAGCAGCUGCCGAGACAAACAGCAGAAACAGGGGAAAAAAGGGAUACCGUUGAAAAGCAACCGGCGACCGUUGCCGAACCUCCUGUUAAAGCCACCGCCCCUAAUUGUGGCGCGCAGUCCGAAUCACAAAAGGCCAACUCGGAGUCAGAAGCGGGGCAGCCAUCAGAGUCACGCCACAACGCUCCUCGAGAGCUCACUGGUGACCCGGACGCAGAAGAUGGGGAACGGGCCACAAGUGAGGCAAACCCGGAGUCGGCUCCUGCAGUAGCGGCAGGUACGCAAGAUGUCACCCCGGCUGCAUCGAAUGAAACCCCUAUUGUUACGCAAGCCGGAUCAGAAUCAGCCCCAUCUGUACCCCAACCCUUAGAGGUGUCGUCAGUGGAGGACGAGUCAGUGCGUGCGCUGGAGGUGCCAAGGAGUGCCAGCGGUGACGAGGAGCGGCAAUUAAAGGACGAAAAUACCAAAUCAAGCUCGUCAGUGCUGGAUGCGAUGACCGAUGACAUCGACAACUUGUUGCGAGAGUUGGAGUUUGUAGAUGACUCGGACGCCGCCCAGCUUUUGCGGGAGUUGGAGUUGCCUGCGACCGGCGGCGCCGGCCUUAGCGCGGGUGCGCGGUCCGUAGCCGCCGCUCCGAACGAGACAAAGGAAGCGUCGCGGCGCGACGCGGCCCCCGGGGCAAUUGCGCAUUCCGAGAUUCGCGCGGCGCUGGCCAACGAGCCUGUAUACCUGUUCACAUCGCUGGCAGGCGGGGGAUUCCAUAUGCCGUCACGCACAAAUCGGGUCGCGCAGAUACUGGAAGCCAAUCGCGUCAAGUUCACGUACCGGGAUUUGGGUACAGACCCGGAGGCGAGGAAAGUGUGGAAAAGGUACGGUGCAGGCCGUUCUUUGCCGGCGGUAGUACGUGGGCGCGACGAUAUCAUAGGCAACUGGGAAGAGAUUGACGAGGCCAACGAGGAGUAUCGCGUGAGAACACUUAUUUACGAGACAUUGUAG